AAGAGGGUGAUAAAAUCUAAACUAAACCCUGCAAUAAUGUCUAUACGUCCUGUUAUUUUUAUUCAUGGGAUUUCGAGACCAAAUUUAUGAUAAUUGCGUAUUGCAGUAAAUUAAUGCAUUUAAUAAUCUACAAUCUUUUUAAAGCUUUCAGACGUAUGUUGUCUAUAUAUCUUGCUUUUACUAGCCUCAAAUAUCACUGCAAUCUUUGAAUCAAUCCAGAAGUCUUAUUUUCUUGAAAAGUAACUUUGUUUGCCAUGGAACGCCAAUUCUCUUUCUUACCAAUCCUUUUCACCUUGUUCCUCUUUAUCUUAACGGUAUUGAGGAUAUGGAAGAAAUCAAAAAUCAGCAACUCAAUUCCAAAUCUUCCACCAGGUCCAUGGAAGCUACCUAUAAUAGGAAGCUUGCACCAUUUGGCUGGCUCUCUACCCCAUCACCGCCUUAGAGACUUGGCCGGAAAGUAUGGACCUCUUAUGAAUCUUCAGCUGGGUGAGCUUAGAACUAUUGUCGUUUCUUCGCCGGAAAUGGCUAAACAAGUGAUGAAAACCCAUGAUGUCAUCUUUGCUCAAAGGCCUGAUUUCAUAGCUGCAAGAGUUGCAUCUUAUAAUUACAAAAACAUUGCAUUUGCACCCUACGGAGAGUACUGGAGACAAAUGCGAAAAAUUUGCAUGCUCCAGCUGUUAACCGGUAAACGCGUGCAGUCGUUCAGAUCAAUCAGGGAAGAAGAAGUAUCAAAGCUUUUGAGAUCCUUGUGUUCAGGUGCAGCAGGAUCACCAAUCAACUUCAGCAAGAUGUUCAAUGCUGUGACCUAUAGCAUAAUUUCAAGAGCAGCUUUUGGUAAGAUAUGGAAGGGAGAAGAAAGUUUUAUACCAAGUAUCAAGAAACUGGCAGAAGCAGUAGGAGGCUUUACUCUUGCUGAAAUGUUUCCGUCCGUCAAAUUGCUUCAGUGGUUGAGUGGAACGGUGCCUAGGCUUAAGAGUCUUCAUAAACAUAUAGAUGACAUUUACCAAAAUAUCAUUGAUGAUCACAGAGCUGAAAGGGCAGAAGCAAAAUCACAUGCUUAUGGUGAAGAAGAUGAAGAUUUUGUCGAUGUCCUUCUCAAUUGCCAGGAGAAAGGAGACCUCAAUAUCCCUAUAACAGACGAAAAUAUAAAAGCAGUCCUUGGGGACAUGUUCGCUGCUGGUACUGAGACAUCUUCCACAACAGUAGAAUGGGUGAUGUCUGAGCUUCUAAAAAAUCCAAGAGUGAUGGAAAAGGUACAACAAGAGGUGAGAGAAGUGUUUGGUAGAGAAGGAAAUGUGGACGAAGCCCGCAUUCAAGAACUCAGCUACUUCAAGUUUGUAAUCAAAGAAACUCUAAGAUUACACCCUCCUCUUCCAUUACUAGUUCCAAGAGAAUGCACAGAGAGCUGUGUGAUUAACGGUUACGACAUUCCGAUUAAAUUUCAAGUCAUUGUGAAUGUAUGGGCAAUUGGGAGAGAUCCCAAUUACUGGAAUGAAGCUCAAAAAUUCUAUCCAGAAAGAUUUCACGAUUGCUCAAUUGAUUUUAAGGGAAAUGAUUUUGAACUUCUUCCAUUUGGUGCUGGAAGAAGAAUUUGUCCAGGAAUAAUGUUUGGUAUAAGCAAUGUUGAGUUUGCACUUGCACAAUUGCUUUACCAUUUUGAUUGGAGCCUACCCAAUGGAGUGAGUCCAGAAACUCUCGACAUGGAUGAAGCUUUUGGUGUUGCGGUAAAGAGGAAAAAUGAUCUUUACUUAAUUGCUACGCCAUCCCUCCACUUGCCAAGUAAAAUCUGCAACUAGUGUUAUUUCAAUAUAAACUAAUAAAUAAAAUCACUGCACUGACAUUGUUGUGAACUUUCAUAGUUCUUCAUGUAUUACGACAUUGUUAUGAUGUCUCCUUCAAUGAUUAUUUUUUGCUAGACUAUUUUCCUUA